CUUCUUCGCUCCUCUCCUCCACAGAGAGUACUGCGACUUCCCCACCUAAUCAAACAUAAACUAGUACAACACUAGUCACACGACACAGCACUCCAACGCACUCCGACCCACUCCAAACAAUGUCCGUCUACGAAAAGCGUGAGCAGCACGCACGCCCCAACCACGGCGACGUCCGCGGCGGUCUCGAAGACUUUGAGCGCGAUGACCCAAGCAAGCCCCCCUUCAUCCUCAACUGGACAGAGGUAAAGAUCCUCGGCAUCGCAGGUGUCGGCUUCUUCCUCGAUGCCUAUGAUCUCUUCAUCAUCAACCAGGUCACCUCCAUGCUCCAAUGGCGGUUCUAUGGAGGCAAGUCACUCCCAUCGACGCUCUCCGGUCUCGUCAAGGCUGCCGCCAACAUCGGUUCCGUCAUCGGUCAGGUCUCCUUCGGUCUCAUGGGCGACUACUUCGGCCGCAAGGCAGUCUACGGCAAGGAGCUCAUCAUCAUCAUCGUUGCCACCAUAUUCUGUAUCUCGGCUCCUUCCUCAGUAGGUGGUGACGGUGUCCUCAUCUGGCUCACUGUCUGGCGUAUCGUCCUCGGUGUCGGUGUAGGUGCCGACUACCCCAUGUCCGCCUCUGUCACCGGUGACCGCGCCAUCCUCCGCAAGCGUGGUGUCAUGCUCUGCUACAUCUUUGCCAACCAGGGCUGGGGCUCCUUCAUCGGCUCCAUCGUCACCAUGAUCGUCCUUGCAUGCUACAAGGGUGUUCUCGAUAAUGACAACCCGGCUAACUGGACCAAGACUGACGGCAUCUGGCGUAUCAUUGUCGGCCUUGCCCUCAUCCCGGCUUUCGGCACGCUCUACCAGCGCCUCACCCUCCCCGAGUCCGUCCGCUACAACCGCGCCGUCGCUGGUGAGGCUCCCCCUGUCGAUGCCUCCAUGAAGUACGCCGAUGUCGAGAACGGCAGCGCCAACAGUGGCCCCGGGUUCAAACAGACCUACGAUGCUGAGGGCAACCCAGUCCCCCGCCCCAACCCUGAUGUCGUUGCCACCGAGGAGCUCGAUCCCUCUGUCCUCCCCAAGGAAGUCAUCGUCGCUGCUCAGCGCCAGCAUUGGAAGGAGUUCCGCGCCUACUUCGGCCAAUGGCGUCACUUCAAGAUCCUCAUCGGCACUACCUGCUGUUGGUUCCUCCUCGAUAUCGCGUUCUACGGUAUCAACCUCAACACCAACAUCAUCCUCACUGCCAUGGGUCUUGGUGGUUCUACGGGUACUGCCUGGAACCGUCUGUUCCAGGUCGCCACCGGUAACCUGAUCGUCACCGCUCUCGGCUUCGUGCCCGGCUACUACGUCUCCGUCCUGACUAUCGAGUACAUCGGCCGCAAGCCUAUCCAGCUGAUGGGCUUCGGCAUGACCGCGCUCAUGCUCGCUCUCCUCGCCGGCCUCUUCCCCCGCCUCGACCAUGGUGGGUUCAUCGCUCUUUUCACCUUCCUCCAGUUCUUCUUCAACUUCGGCGCUAACACGACCACCUUCCUGUAUCCCGUCGAAGUCUUCCCGACCAAGUACCGCGCGACUGCGCACGGUAUCUCGGCCGCAUGCGGCAAGUGCGGUGCCAUCGCUGCCUCUUUCGGCUUCAACUCGCUCGUCGGUCCCAUCGGCACUGCGAACGUCCUCUGGAUCUUCUUCGGUGUUUCCAUCCUCGGGAUACCGUUUACCUUCCUCCUGCCUGAGACUAAGGGCCGCGACCCGGACGUCAUCCUCGCCGAGGAGGAGAAGCGCGGUCUUGCUCCUAUUUCCGUAUAAUGGAUUCACCGUCUCCCCAGAUCAAAAGGAUGACGACCGACCCGACCCGCUGAGCGGCCCGAGCCCGCAAAUACUUGUAUAUCAUGCUUUGUUUUCCCUUGUGUACGAGAACCUCAUGUCCUCACACGCACGCAACUACUAGUUCUUCUCGUAUUUCCCGCAACCCCCAACCCUAGAUAAACGCAUGUAU